CUUCCGACCGGUGUGGAUGUGGAUCCUCGGCAUCCGCUGCCUGGUUCGCGCCCCGUCGCCGUGUGUGAUCUUUCUCUCUCUCUGUGAGUUAUUUUUUACCCACUCUCGUCCGCGAAAAAAAAAAUAUUCAAACCCCUUAACGGUGGUCAGCCACCGCGUUGUGUGUGUGUGUGUGGGUGGUUUGUUUUCCGGAUGUGUGCGCUCUCUCUCUAUCUAAUUAAAGUGAUACGGUUUCUUCUCUCUGUGCAGUGAAUUAAAAGUGGUUUUCCCCUGCACUACACCCCUUCAAUCUCGCCUACCCCUACCAACUCUUCUCGACAGGCGACAGGAACGAAUGGUUCCGUCGGAUUUUGGCACUGCUGGCGAUGGCAAGCGCCUUCAGCCCCUGUCCGGCCGCCGCUAGCCCCACGCUGGGUCCCGUGUGUCGUUUUUGCGUUGAUGUGAGUGAGUGAAGGGAGUGUGCGAUUGAGAAACGAAGGCAAAAUUCUGCAAUCAAACAUUUCACCGUAUUUGCAUACGGCAAGACGGCCCCAGCCCCCUCCAGCUUUAAGAGCCGACCAUCAGCAACUACCGGCAGCCGCGCUUCAAUCAGCCCCAUCUUCUCGUCCCCGAGCCCGCCCUACUGAGCCGAGCUUCUUCGCUGGGCCGGCGGCGUUUGGCUUCGUUAGUUCGAUUGUUUCCCUUCGGACGGGAUUUUGCCCGAUAAGAGCCCCAUUUACAGAAAUCAACGCAACAAGAGGCGUGUGCAGGAUCAAAACAAAAACACAAGCAGAUAUCUCGAGAGCUUGAGUCCCAUUGCCAGUGGCAUGGUGUUGACGUUGAUGCGAUGGGAAUGAUUUAGAAGCGCUGACUCUACUGUGUGUGUGUGCGCAUUUCUACAAGCCUUUUUGCCAGUGCGAAGAUAACCGUUUCCUACCCCCCACUCAAUCUCUCUCUCUCUCUGUCCGCCUUCCUGGAAAGAGCAACAUGAUAUCGCAAGCGAUCCAGUACGCGGACUACUUCGCCCGCGCCAUGCGCAACGAGUCGGCCGCCCCGGGCGGCGGUGUGUACAGCACGGGGCCGGCCGGCAACGGCACGUACGGCAGUGGCGGGUUCGGCGCCCUGGCCGGCAGCAACGCGUCCAGUGCCGGGUCGGCCGCCGGGCCGGAGCUGUUCGACAUGUACGCCCGCAACUACCCGUACGUGUCGUCGACCGAGGAGCAGAACUACAUCGAGCAGCUGAGCGACAGCCUGCGCAACCAGUCGCAGGCCGGCAACCGGAGCUACGGCGGGGCCGGGGGCGUCGGCGGCGCCGGCGGCUACGACUACGGCGUCGGCUUCGACCCGAUCCCGCUCGCCGAGUGCAGCAACGCGUACUCGGCCGGCCCGUACUUUCAGCUCACCAGCUACUUCCUGUACAUUACCAUCUUCGUGACGGCGGUGAUCGGCAACUCGAUCGUGCUGUUCAUCGUCCAGUCGAACCCGCGCAUGCGCACGGUGACCAACUUCUUCAUCACGAACCUGGCGGUGGGCGACCUGAUGAUGACGCUCUUCUGCGUGCCGUUCACCUUCAUCUCGCUGUUCGUGCUGCAGUACUGGCCGUUCGGGUUGGCCAUGUGCCGGCUGGUGAACUACACCCAGGCGGUGUCGGUGCUGGUGAGCGCCUACACGCUCGUCGCGAUCAGUGGCGACCGGUACAUCGCGAUCAUGUGGCCGCUGCGACCCCGCAUCACCAAGACCUGCUCCAAGUGCUUGAUCGGCAUCGUGUGGAUCAUCGCACUGAUUACAGCCGUCCCGAUCGCCAUCUUCUCGACGCUCUACUUCCCAACCGAUUGGCACGUGCAGUGUAACGUGCCAAUCUGUGCGGAAAAGUGGCCGUCGCCGGAGCAGGACGACUACUACACCAUCGCGCUGCUGACCACCCAGUUCAUCGUGCCGCUCGUCGUGCUGAUCUUCACCUACACGCGCAUCGCGAUCGUGGUGUGGGGCAAGCGGCCGCCCGGCGAGGCGGAAAACUCGCGCGACCAGCGGAUGGCCAAAUCGAAGCGCAAGAUGAUCAAGAUGAUGGUGACCGUGGUAAUCGUGUUCACCAUCUGCUGGCUGCCGUUCAACUUCCUAAUGCUGAUGAAGCUCCCGUCCUCGUGGGACCUGCUGCCGUACUUCUGGUUCGCCUUCCACUGGCUCGCGAUGUCGCACAGCUGCUACAACCCGAUCAUCUACUGCUACAUGAACGCCCGGUUCCGCAGCGGCUUCAUCCUGGUGCUGCACGGUGUGCCCGGGCUGCAGCAGCUCUGCUGCUGCAUCCGCCACACCCCGCCGGCGAUUGCGCGCAACGUCGGCUCCAGCGUGGCCCUCGCCGGAAUCGAUGAAGUAUCGCAUCUGCAUCGAGUUAACACAUGCACCACAUACAUAAGCACCAGAAGGAAACCGACCCACAAUGUGCAGGUGCAGUCGACCGAGACGUCGCUGUUGCGGUGAUACCAGCAGAGCUACGACUAGAGCGGACCGUACACCGGCGGUGCGGCCGGUGGCAAGCGGACCCAGUUCCAGUGUCGGCCAGCAAACGGGGGCGGCGGGGUGCGGGGAUGCGCCAGCGACGGUGCCGGGCGGCGGAAGCGACCGUGCGCGCCGAACGGGUGCGACCACCACCACCAGGAGCGCAUCGAGCUGAUCAUUCUGGAGACGAACGAGGAGACGACGGUGGCGGCUUCGGACGAGGUGCGGACGACGGCACUGCAGCAGCAGGUAUCAGCGGACGGAGACGGCGGUGGUGGUGGUGGUGGUGGUGAUGAGGCAACCGUUGCACCCAGUAGCAAUGGCGUUGGCGAGUAAGAUUAGGGCGGCGCUAAAUAGGAGGGGAGAAAGGGCAGAAAACAACCAGUUUUAGCAUUUGCGCAACCAUUUUUCCCGCGAACAAAAAAAAAACAAAGAAUAAAAUAAAAAGAAACCCAUUUGGUCAGGGGGUUUGGGGCUAUAUCGCUGUAGGGGAGGAGAAGGGAGCAGAAAUCAAUUUAAAUAUAUUCACCUUCACACGCUGUUGUGCUGCGUUGGCUGCUGCGACGACGACGACAACGAGUUUUUGACGCUCCAAAUUCCUACUCCUCCAAAUCCAAUUCAUCCGUCCGCAUCCAGUCGCAUCCAACCAUUAAUCAUUGGCGCCGUUCUACCCAUCCUUCCAAACCACACACACACACACACACACACACACUCACACACUACUAGAUUGGUUGGUGGAAAGCCCUGUCGCCCCGGCUAAAAAGGACAAGCCCCAAUCAAUCUUGGCCCACGACGUGUGAGCGCGCGUGUGUUAUUUCCUUAUCCUUCGGCACACCGACACCCGAAGCAAGAACGGAAUUUAAAAAAAAAGUAAAUAAAAAGCAACUCGACCCAUAACCCAUCGAUCAGAUGAAAACGGUGGUUGUGGGGGUCGCCCGUAGGUGAAAUGGAUGAAACGUGUUUUUCGGUGUAGCUGGUUUGUUAGGCCACCCGUAGGAAAAUGUAAUUAAAGCCGGAAUGGCAUCGAGCAAUUGCUGAUUGUCCACCCGCCAUCCACUCUCACCCAUCGCCCUGUUUUGUGUUGUUGUUUCGGUUUUCAAACAGCGCUACAGCGCUCCGGCGGCAAAGCGUUUGCUCCGCGGGCGAGCGCAUGCGAGCGAAUGAUAAAUCCUGUUACUAAGAUAGUGUAGGCAUAAGUAGUGAGAAACAAAAACAAAA